UUUUGUUGUUUUACUUUUUUCGGGAAUUUUCCAUGCAAUAUUUCUGUUCGAGAAUUUCGAAUUUUUUUUCAACCAAGUUGUUGGAGACUUGAGAUGUGGCACGUAUCUAUUUCGAUCCUGUUAGUGGCUGUAUGGUCGUUGUUGAUCGAUUCAGCCGAUACGAAUGAUAAGAAUUUUGAAGAAGAAAAUUAUGGUGUUCGAUAUGCAACACCGUGUGAAGUAUGUAAAAUUGUUGCCACCGAAUUGGAGAAUCGGUUCCAUGCAACAGGCAAAUCUCAUGAUGUGAUCGAGACUGGUUAUACAUUCGACGAUGAUAAACGUGCCCGAAAACAGUACAAAGCAUCUGAACUUCGAUUGAUUGAAUCAAUGGACGGAAUAUGUGAUGUAAUGCUUCAAUACAACAUUCACAAAGAACGAAAAGAUAGCAGUCGGUUUGCGAAAGGUAUGAGUUCCACAUUCCAAACACUCCAUGGUCUGGUCGACAAAGGAGUUAAAGUUGAUCUGGGCAUUCCAUACGAUCUUUGGGAUAAACCAUCGGCAGAAAUAACCAAUCUGAAAACACAGUGUGAGGAUAUGAUGGAAAAAUAUGAAUCAGAUAUCGAACAAUGGUAUUAUCAUCAUCAACAACAACAAUCAUUGUUGCAAUAUUUAUGCCAGAAUCGAAUGUUGCAGCACAAUGCUCGCGGUGAUCAAGCCGCAUGUUUAACCGAACAGCCCAACACAAAAACAGAACUGUAAUGAAUAUUAUGAUUUUUAAUUUUGCAAAAUUUUCCAAAAAAGGAUUUGAUAUUGA